AUGGUUAGGCUCAAUGAAGAGCUUAGAGAACUCGAAGAUCAAAUGGAUGCUGUGAAAAAAAUGAAUGAUAGUUUUUCACACAUGGUGAGAACUCGUCAGAAUAGCUAUUGGUGGCAAGCUCCCAUUGACGAGCUUAGCGUGGAACAGCUUGAGCACUUGAAGCUAGCCUAUGAGGAGUUGGAGAAAAGAGUUCAGAUUCAAGCACAAAAACAGUUGCCUCGAAAUACUAAUUUAUUUCCCAAUUUCAACACCCAGGUACCUAGUGUUCCUUAUAAUGCCUUUUCAAGUUAUGAAUCCCAGGGACCACCACCACCACCUCCAAACUUUGCCUUUUCAGGUUGUGAAUCCCAACCACCACUACCACCUCCAAACCUUUAUUAUCCAACUAUGCAUUCAGGUGUUAAUUUUGCAGGUCCAUAUCUUUUAAAUGACAUCAUUUCAGUUAAUAAUGGAGCCACAUUUGCUGCUAGUCAGGGAUCAUCUGGAUCUGGGGCAGCUAAUUUAGCUUUGCCUUUUGAUGAUCGAAAUGCGCAGGGACCAUCUGGAUCUGGGGCAGCUAAUUUAGUUUUUCCUUUCGAUGAUCCAACUGCCCAGGGACCAUCUGGAUAUGGGGAUCCAAAUGCGCCUGGCCGAGCCAUUGUGCUUGCUGAGUUCGAUCCGAAUGUCUCUGCUUCUCCAGCGAUGGUUGCUGCCAGCAAAGGCGGGGAAUCGCAGAUGGUAGCCUCGCUUGCGGAGCAUCAUUCCCCCCAGCCGCAGCCCCUUACGAGCCAAACUCUUGCUGAGAACCAGAUUGAUGAUGCCGGCACUGAUCUACGGUCAUACCCAGCCGUAGCUACUGCAGUGAAGCAAAAGACGAUCGUUUCCACCAGCAGCGGAGGUUCAGAGUCGUCACCAGAAGCGCAUCAACAUUUUGCUGAAAAGCAAGCAUCGGAGGAGGUUGCCGCCGCUGGGAAUUCACCAUCCGUCAUCAGAAGAUUCGCUGAUCUUUCAUCGUCGGAAGUUGCAUCAACGACAGAGGCAAUCCGGCAUACCUCCCUGAUUUCGCUACCUCAAAAUCCCGCAAUUUCAGAUUGGAACCGCAGUUGUCGCAGUCUCGUUACUUCAGCGUCAUCAGCGCAGCCGACUCCCUUUGACCCAGCUUGUUUAACUUUAAACGAGGAUAAAUCGCAAUCAGCUCCCAAAACUUAUCCGGAAGCUACUGGUUUUUCCUUCUCCCCUAGACCACAAGUGCCUCCUCUUCAAGUUUUACUUCCACUUUCGGAUUCAAACAUAGGGAAAAAUCAGCACCAAUUUUUACCCAAAGAUGAUACGGAAGCAGGAAAAAAUUCCGGGCCUAAUAACCCUAGCUAUUUGAUUGAUGAAAUACAUUCUGAAGGCGGAAUUAAUCAUGACUCCAAUGGUUCUGAUGAUGACGAUUUCGAUAUAGAAUAUGCAAUGUAACAAGAGUCCUUUUUCAAUGAAGUUUCAUCUCCAAC